AUGGCUAGAGGACCUUCACCUCUGAAGUCGGCCAAAGCACUCUAUGACACUGUAGUUAAGCGCUACUCCUCCCCCUCUUCUGCCACCCUAGGCGGUCUUGCGCUGUCGUUUCCCUUCCUUGAGCUGUUCUACUUCACCAAUAUAGCCGACCUCUUGACUCAGCUGCGCUCCCUUGUCACGCGCUACCGUACUGCUCUCAAGCUAGAGUUUAUGGCUGAGAACCAGCCCCCUAUGUAUCCCACUCUCUACUUCCUCGUGACUUGCCUCCCUGACUCUCUUCGCAUCGUUCGAGAUCACUUCCUCUCCAUAGACCCCACUGAGCUCACCCUUGCCUCGUUUGAGUCUCGUCUCCUUGAGGACGAGACCAGUGCAUGCGCUAUAGCUGCCUCCUGUGGCACUCCCCUCCCCUCCCUCUUUGAGGGGUGCUCCCCCUCUCUUCUCACUCCUUCUGUUGCCUCUGCUGCUACCGUUCAAUUCCUUGGUGCUGAGGAGGUCGGUGCUGUGUAUGCUCCUAGUGGGAGGUGCCGCGGCAGGGGUGCGCGUACUAAGGGUGGGGGUGGUGGGGGUAGUGGAGGUGGCGGUGGCGGUGGCGGGGAUGGUGGCAGUGGUGAUGGUGGGGGUGGCGGAGGUGGUGGUGGCGGUGGAGGUGGCAGGGGUGGUGGGGGCAGUGGGGUGGUGGAGGGGGCGCAUUUGGCGGUCGGGGUGGAGCUGGGGGGGGUGGAGGCUCGGGUAUGGCUUCCCGAGGAGCUGCGUCUGGUGGUGCAGCUGGUGGAGGCGGACGUUCUUGGGGUGCACAGUAGUAGCAGUCACGCCGGCAGGAGAUUCUCUUGCCGCAGCAGCUUCGAGAGUGGGUUGCCAAGCGAGGCGGCCCAAGAGGCGGAGGUCGCUGCCAGUACGUCCGGCGCACGCGUCCCUGCCAUGGAGAGGUCUGCGGCAGGCUGGGGCACACUGAGGCUUGCUGCUUCUACCUCCUUGACGACGCUUUUCAAGCGGAGUUUGGUGAGCAGGCAAAGAUUCGUGACUGGUUAG